AUCUCUGGCAUCAAUCAGAUUCUGAACAGUAUUAGCUGAACACGCUAUCAUAUUAAAUUUUAUUCGUUAGAUCAGAAAUGAAUUGAAAAUUAUUUCAAAUUUUGUUGAAAUUAUUGGUUAAUUUCAGUAAUUUCGAAGUGCUGUCAAGAAUAAGAAAUGUUUGUCCUGUACGAGACUCCGGCAGGAUAUGCUAUAUUCAAGCUUUUGGAUGAAAAGAAGCUACAAGAGAUCGAUAAUCUGUAUUUAGAGUUUGAAACUGCAGAGCGUGCUAAUAAAAUAGUAAAACUUAAGCAUUUUGAGAAGUUCGCUGAUACUACGGAAGCAUUAUCCGCGGCUACGGCUGCUGUUGAGGGGAAGGUGUCAAAACCACUUAAAAAAACGCUCAAAAAACUAGUUUCCGAUGAUGUACAAAAUCAACUACUAGUGGCCGAUGCAAAACUGGGCAGCGCAAUCAAGGAUAAAUUAGCACUGCAAUGCGUGUCAAAUACAGCCGUCCAAGAACUGAUGCGGUGCAUUCGGUCACAAUCGGAGAGUUUGCUUUCAGGUCUACCAAAGAAAGAGAUGACUGCGAUGGCACUGGGCCUUGCACAUUCAUUAUCACGUUACAAACUCAAGUUCUCUCCGGACAAAAUUGAUACCAUGAUCGUGCAGGCUCAGUGUUUGCUGGAUGAUUUAGACAAAGAAUUGAACAAUUACAUGAUGCGUGCUAGAGAAUGGUACGGUUGGCACUUCCCUGAAUUAGGGAAGAUUUUAACAGAUAAUAUUGCAUUUGUUAAAACCAUAAAAUUGGUUGGUACACGUGAUAAUAUGGCCACUACCGAUUUGUCCGAUAUUCUGCCAGAAGAGUUGGAAGAAAAAGUAAAGGAAGCAGCGGAAAUUUCUAUGGGUACUGAAAUUUCCGAGCAGGAUAUUGUUAACAUCCAAAAUCUUUGUGAUGAGAUUCUCUCUAUCAAUGAGUAUCGAACGCAUCUCUACGAUUACCUUAAAACACGCAUGAUGGCGAUGGCGCCAAAUCUGACGGUUCUCGUUGGUGAUACAAUUGGUGCCAGGUUAAUCGCCCAUGCUGGUUCGUUGGUCAAUUUGGCCAAACAUCCUGCUUCAACUUUGCAAAUUUUAGGUGCGGAAAAAGCUUUAUUCAGAGCAUUAAAAACUAAAAAAGACACCCCGAAGUAUGGCAUAAUUUUUCAUGCCAACCUGAUUGGAUCUGCAAGCACCAAGAACAAAGGGAAAAUCUCACGAUCUCUUGCUGCCAAGGCUUCGCUAGCUAGUCGAAUGGAUGCUUUUGGCGAAGAUGUUACAAUGGAACUCGGCACAGAGCACCGCGCAAAACUCGAAAUCCGUCUGCGGAUGCUAGAGGAAGGGAAUCUUUCGAGAUUGUCGGGUACUGGUAAGGCCAAGGCGAAACUGGAAAAAUACCAUGCGAAAAGCGAAGUGAUGGUGUUCAAAAGUGGCGAGGACAGCACAUUGCCUAUAGGAAAAAAACGAAAGCUUUCCGAAGGAGCAAAGGUUGAGGAAAUUGAAGUAAAACAAGAAAUCAAGGAUGAACCAAUAGAGGAACAUACUUUUGGAGAAUCAUCCAAGAAGAAGAAAAAGAAGAAGCAAAAGAUCCUUGAUGAGGAGGGUGAACCAACUCAUUAUGAACCUAAAAAAGUAAAAGCGGAGGAUGAGGAAACACCAUCGGAGGAUGCUCCUCAAUCAGAAAAGAAGAAGAAAAAGAAAAAGAAACGGGAAAGUGCAGGAACGCAACAGGAAGACGAAAGUAGUCUACAGGAAACGGAUUCAGUAACACCUAAAUCGGAGAAAAAGAAGAAAAAGAAAGUUGAGGCAGAUAACGAUAGUUGAGUUUUGUUACGAAGACUACAUAGAGGAUUAAAUUUUUGAAUUAAUUAUUUUCAACCCCGAAAAAAUGUGUUAAUUUGUGC